GGCCAAGGAGAAAAAGGCCGUGUUUUGGGGCAUUGAGGUGGCAGAAACACUCAGCUGGCAUGGCUGGGAGCUUGGAAAAGAGAUGAUCAAACAUCUAAUCCUGAAAAACGUUCAUGUGAAAACACAGAAGCUGAGUUACAGAUGUCCUUCCACACGAGUCUUCGUCACUGUUUUUCCACAGCCGAUUGUUUUGAGCCCGGGUAUGUCCUUAACUCUGCCCGUCAUUUUCCGUCCCACUGAAAAGAGGGAGUAUGAAGACAGCAUCCGUUUCGAGAAGGCUGAGGGUGAGUUCUCUGUUACUCUGCGUGCCACGCUGCCCCGCCACUGCCUGUUGUUCCCAGCUGCUCUCCACCUGCCCCUCUGUGCUGUCUACAACGUCACGGAGGCAACGUUCCCCCUGCGCAACACGGGUGAUCUUGCCACUGUGUUUGCCUGGAGGACACCAAGCCCUUUCCACAUGAUUCCUGACUGUGGCUUGCUGACCCCAGGGGCUGAGUGCAUGGUAAAGGUGGUCUUCCAGCCCAAGGUAGCUGUGUUGUAUAAUGUGGAAGCAACGUGCUGGUUUGGAGAUGAAGAGAAGCAGAAGAGGAGUAUUCAGCUAAGAGCCCUGUCUARAUACCCCUACCUGCGGGUGGAUGUGCCAGGAGAACCCUGUGAAGACGGGCAGCCACGGCACUGUGGGGACGUGCUCUGCUUUGGCUCAGUGCCAGUGGGCACCACCGUGGAGAAGUGGGUAGAAAUCUGCAACGUCUCUGUGGUUGAUGCCCCCUUUAGGAUAGAAAGAGCAAAAGACCCUCUGCUUCAGGAUCCUGUGUUCUCCUGUGGUAUCUCCCAGGGUGUUGUCCCUGCCAAAGGGAAGCUGGUGCUGUACAUACGGUUCCAUCCACAGACAGUAGGCAAACACAGUACUGAUUACUUCACUGUCCUGUCUGCUGGGUGCCACCUGCAGACUGUCCUGAAGGUGACUGGCUCCUGUAAAGGCCCACUUGUGUCCAUGCRCCGAUAUUCCGUGGACUUUGAUUGGAUCAAUCUUGGGGAAAGUGCAAUGCAGACACUGGAAAUCAGCAACAACUCAGAUGCCCCUGCCUAUUAUCAGUUUGAUAUUGAUGGCAGAGGGAGUGUCUUCUCCAUUGAUCGUCCCUGUGGCAUCUUGAAGGGCACAACGAUGCUAGUGCUGAAGGUGACGUUUCGGCCUGCUCGCCCCAUCAGCUAUUAUCGCAGAGUGCUGUGCCUUGUCCACCAUCAGGAACCUAUAUAUGUGGACUUCUUUGGUACCUGCCAUUCAGACAUGGAUAAGCCAGCCAUCCUUCGAGCAAGACAUCUCUCCUGGUACAAAACCAACAUAGUSAGGGGACUGACCUUCUACCCCCCAGACAUCCUGAGCAUGAUGCUGAAGGAAGGGAAGCUGCUGUUGGAUGAAAAGAGAGCCCUGAUGCUGCUCCCUGAGAUUCCUCAGGACAAGCCUCCCGAGGAGUAUCCCGAGGCCAGCUCCAUGGCUGAGUACUUCCACGAUGGUGCAAGCAGUGACCUGGCCUUGUUUCCCCCUCACGUUAGCGUCAGCCCCAGGGAGCACGAUUUUGGUUGCUGUGUGCCGCUCCACAGAGCAGAGCCUCUUCCUCUCUGUGUGACCAACCAUACCAAGGGAAAGAUCACUGUUGCCUGGACUCCAAGCCRUGGCAGUGGCUUUCAAGUGACGCCUGAAGUCUGUGACAUCCCGCCUUUGAAGUCUUCAGCCUUCCGGGUCCUUUUCCAGCCCACUCAACUAAACAGUCUGUAUGCAGCGGAGUUGGAAGGCUUUGCCUUCUACAAGGUGCUGAGACACUACAGGAACAUYGAUGAGGAUGCUACCAUCUGCCCGUCGUGGUGCCUGACUGUCAGGCUUAGGGCACACACGUAUGAAGCAGAGCGGGAACACUUCAUCCCACGGUACAUACUUGAUGUCCCCAAGGCUUUUCCUCCUGUAGCUCCUAAUGCUGACACCUACUGCAGCAUGCUGCUCAUGAACACGGGCACCUCAAUGAUAACCUUCUGUGUGGAYCAAACUGCCUGUCCCUCUGUUUUGGUCAAGCCUCACUCGGGACACAUCAUUCCAGGACAUCACCAGAUUUUCUUUCUCUCUACUCAUCCASUUAACACAGACUUGCAGCAGCAUGUCCUGCCCUUGCAACUGAAUGCCUGUCCUGCAUACACCCAGGAGAUUGCCCUCCAAAGCYGUGCGGAGUCUCUUCACUUGCUCUUAGAAGGUGAUGGAAAUCUAUACUUCAAGCCUACCUACCUAGGGACCUCCUCCACUCGAAUGUAUACCAUAAAGAACUGCUCAAGGCUUCCCRUGGUGUUUACAUGGAAGAUCCAUCAGUCUCACCGCAAGAUCCUGUCUGUCACCCCUACCACGGGGCUCCUCCAGCCCUACGAAGCCAUGGCUCAAGCUUGGACUUUUGCUCCUGACAAGAAGACGAAGUAUCUCCUGCGAGCGGUGGUGUUCGUGGGCAGGGAAAGCCCAGUCCCCAUGUCUCCCCAGAGUGUCCAUUACACCUUAAGGAUUGUUGGAGAGGGAGCGCUGGGUGCUAUCAGGGCACAAAACGAGUGCUUGGACCUUGGAAAUGUUCUGGUUGGUGACCUGCAGAGCGGUGAUGUUGUGCUGCUGAAUGAUGGGAUCUGCUCUCUAAACUAUGUACUCAGCGUGGAACAGCAGAUCACAGGGCCUUGUGAUCCUGAGGAAGUCUGCAAGGAUCCACUCGCCUUAGAGCUGGAUCACUCCAGAGGGACUAUCCCUGCAAGGUCGAAAGCUUUUGUCCGAGUAACGGUGAAGCCAGCCCGCCAGCUGCAUUACACCUGGUCAAUCAAAUAUGCCAUUUGUACCCCCACAGUUCCAGAUUUUGGGAGCACCAAAGAGGAACAGCAGCCCCUCUGCAGCAUAGUAGCAAGAGGCGUAUACCCAACUUUCUGCAUCACAGAUGCCUGUUCAGCAGGGAGUGCCAGUGGUAUCAGCAAGCUGCAGCUCUGGAGACUCUUUUCCUUGGACACACUGAAUGAAUACUUGGAGCGAGACCCAACUCCCAGUGAGCUCACCUACAGAGUUCCCACAAGGCACAGCACAUGCUCGAUUCCUCCAGUGUACACCCCUGUCCUGCUGGAUUUCAACUUUGGAGCUGCCUCAAUAGAUUCGGAGCCUACCCUUGUGAUGCUCCUGCUGGCGAACAAGGGUGUGGUGCCCGUUGAGUGGGCCUUCCUUUUCCCUUCUGAUCAGAAGAUGGAUAUGGAGCACUGGGCAGAGGAUGCUGAGUUUAGCACCCGUGAGCUGCACCAGAUGAGAAUUCAGGAUAACCAGCUCUUCAGCAUUUCCCCCAAGUCAGGAAGACUUCUUCCAGGACAGGAGGAAUCAGUCCAGCUCUCACACAGACACGAUUUCAUCGGCACUGAUCACCUGCCUGUUCUACUGAAGGUUUCUCAUGGUCGUGAGAUUCUGCUCAACUUCUGCGGUGUGACAGUGGAACCAGGGCAGCACUAUGUUCAAUUUACAUCCACUAAGCACCUCUUCACACCCRUUGCUAUUGGGAGCCCUCACCCCCCUACACAGAUUUAUGAGCUGUACAAUGGUGGCUCUCUGCCUGUGAUGUUUGAGGUCCAGCUGGACAACAUUGAGAGGAUUCAGGAGGAGAAUUUUCAGCAUCCUGUGUUUGUCUGCCUGACUCCCAGAGGAGAGAUCCCCCCUGGCACAACAGAUCACAUUGAGUGGAUCUUCUCGCCCCUGGAAGCUAGAAUGUACUCGGUUGAUGUUCCCAUCCAUAUCCUUGGGGGCGAUUCAGCUUUGAUCACCUUCCAAGGAGUAGGCUACGACCCAAAUAUCAUGGGAGAGACUGCCCCAUUCAACAGAGUUUCAUCUCCUUCAGUAGUUCCAGGUUCUAACAAACUAACUGUUCCUGGGCAGGUAGCCACCUUAUCACAUCACAGGAUUUGCCUCGGAAACAUCCCAGACUGCGUCAGAGUGAGUCGACUCGUCUUCCUGAACAACACAUCCGAGAGCAAGGCUGUUGUGUUUGCCUGGCGUGUAGGCGCUCCCAAGGACAACGGGAUGUUGCAGGUUGUUCCAGACUUGGGUGUUGUGCAGCCUGGAGAGAGCACGCCCUGCUUCGUCGUGCUGCAAGCAUCAGGAAGUGCUUCCUUCUACAGCAUAGAUCUGGUGUGUGAGGUGUACAUUCAGGAGUCCCUGGUUCAGUAUGAGAGGGGUCUACAGGAAUGGGAAAGGGAGAGGGAACGUCAGGCUGUGGAAUUCACCAUCACAGAGAAGGACCUGAGGGCUGAGAAGAAGCCAAAGUCACCUGCAAGAAGGUCAUCAGAUUCUGCUGAGAAGGAAAAACUUGCUGAGUCUUCAGCUGAGAUCAGGAAGUACAAGACAUUACCCCCCAUCGGAAACCACCCUGUGCCCAAUCCGCCCGCCAGCCGCUCUCAGAGGAGGCAGUUACUGGACAAGGAAGCUGGCAGGCUGUGGGCCAAACCAGAGCCACCCAAGCCCAUGCUCCUGCACCUUGGUGUGACAGCCAGGUCCCACUCCAUCGAAGACUUCUUCAGCAAUUUCGCCUCAGACUUCCCCAAGUACUUCCUGAACUGCUCCUUCAAGGAUCAGCGAUCGGAAAACGAAUCUGUGCAUGGGAGUAGAGACAGAAAAGGGAUGGCCAUGAGCCCUGACUGGCUGUCCCUGGCUGCUGCUUCCAAACAGGAGAUGCAGAUAGUGACUGACCUCCUUACAGGUGUAAUCAGAGGCCUUUUGGAGGACACCCAGUUCCACAAUAGAGUGACAAGAAGUCUGGAUGAGCCCAUCCCGUAUUUCUCCCAGUUGCGAUGUCAAGAGUCAGCAGAGUCUGAGGACAGAGGACAGAGCUCCAGAGUCCCUUCCAGGGUCUCUCCUUCCCCAGAUCUUUACCUUGAGGAAGAGGAUGAAGGCAUGAAAGAAAYGAGGCAGGAAACUUUCCCCAGCAAUGAUUCACCUGUAUCUUGGGAAAGGAUGAAUGAUCUCCCUCAUCAGGAGCAGAAGAUGAUAAGAAGGCAGCCGGCCUUUGGGAACCUGGUGGAGCUGGUGCUGGAAAACACACUGCAGAACAUCCUGAUUGAAGCCAGCCGUGGGGACGUGGUGCUGACCGCCCGGCCCAGAGUCAUUACUCUGCCCCCCAGCCCUUUCCAGAGAAAUUCCAAUGCAGCACGCCCACCUUCAAGAGCAUAGAUGUUACACUCUGUGCUGCUCGAUUUCUGCAGCCAUCAAAGGUCUCAACUCUUCAUCCUGCCCCUGCGAUAUCCAGCCCAACUCUUAUCCUCCUAGGCUGCUACCUGGCCUCAGCACCCUGGCUGCCUCCAAGGAAUGCUUGGUCCUGGCUGUGCCCUCGGCUCCAGUUUGAAUCCUCCUGCAACUCUGCAGCAGAGGUGGUGAAAUCUCUUCCUCUGUGUC